AUGAAUGAAAUUCGUCAAUUAUGUACAACAUCUUCAUCACCUGAUAAACAUCUUGAUGAGAUUCUUGGACUUUUUCAUGCAUGUCCACCUCAACAUCUUCUUUCAUCAUUAUCACUUAUUGGCCAAUCUAUAUCAUGUAUGUCAAUUGAACAGUUAGAUAUAAAUAUAAUAAAUCAUCAAAUAUUUCUUAUUAUACGACAAUGGUCAGAACGUUUACUUCAAUUAUGGUUAAUUAAUGGUACUUUAAAUGGUAAUGAAUAUCGAGCUAUGUUUUAUAUUCAUCAAUUAUUUAAACUUUUAUCAGAAUGGUUAAUUGAACAAGAUAAUUUAAUAUUAAAUAAUAAAAAUAAAGAAUUAAUUAAAUCUACUAUGAAUAAUUUAUUUCUUGAAGAAAAUUUUCUUGAUACAUUAUGUCGUGUUAUUAAUCAGUUAAUUAAAAAUGAAAAUGAUGAACAACAUAGCUUAGUAACAAAUCAUUCAUCUGAUGAUGAAGAUCAUCUAUCACCUGAUGAUAUUCAACUUCAAACUGAAACGUCAGAUAUUCAAGCUGAACAAGCCGAUGUAAUUGAUGUUUUAUUUCGUUGUGUAAACUGUUUACUUAAUCUAUAUAGUUAUCCAAUUUUAUUAAAUAAUUCAAUUGUUCAUAAAAUUUUAACACCAUGCAUAAUAAAUUGUCUUAAUAGUCCAUUAUUUAUACAACUUUCAACGGAAUUUUUACGUCAAAAUAUAACAAGUGAUAAAAUAAAUAUUCGAUCAAUAUUUCUUUUAUUUACAUGUAUUGAUUAUUGUACAAAAUCAACAAAAAUAACAUCAACAUUACAAUUAUUACCAUCAAUAAAUAAAAUUCUUCAUAUUUGGUGUGAAAUACCACAAAAUUCUGAUGAUGAUAUAUCAUUAUUAAUUGUUCGUCUUAUUACUUUUAUUAAUCAAUUAGUAUUAGUAAAUAAAGAAGCAAUUAUACGAGAAAAUCUUUGUGCAUCAUUAUUACCACAUUUUGAAAUAUUAUGUCAAACACCAAAUUUAAUUGAUGAUAUUGCUUCAUUACUUAUUACAAUAUGUUCAACAAAAAAUGGUAAACGACAUUUACGUCAUUUAGGUUUUGUACAACAUAUUUUAUAUGAAACAAAACGUUGUGUUCAACUUUGGCAUCCAUUAGCACUUUUAAUAACACAACAUGAUUUAUAUCAAACAUCACUUUUCAAACGACUUAUUCAUUUAUUAAUACAACGAACUAUAAAUAUAUUUCAAUCAUUAGCUACAACAUCAAAUGAUACAUCAUUUGAUUCAACAUCUCCAUCAUCAAAAAACCAAAUUGCUAUGACAGCUAUUGAAUGGUUUGUUUUAUUACGUACAAGUUUUCUAUCAUUUACAAUGAUUGUUGAUGAAUUAAUUAAUUCAACAAAAAAAGUAAAUCUUAUAAAUAUGUUAAUUGAUACAAUUUUAUUUGCACAACAAGAUGAUGAUAUUUUACCAAAAUUAAUUGAUAUUAUGAUUGAACUUCUAUGGACUUUUUCAUUUAGUACAUCAACUAAUAUUCAUGAUAAUUUACAAAAACAUAUUGAUUUAUGUCGAUGGUUAAAAACAAAUAUUACAGAUUCAAUUCCAAGUAUACGUAUUGCAUCACAAGCAAUUCUUUUUACUUUAGAUUCAAACAAUAAAAAUACAAUUCGUACAACACUCAGUCGUGGUUUUUCCAUACCUAAAAAUAUUCUUAUUUGUAUGUUUAAUGCUGAUGAAUCUCAUCAUGAAUUAUGUAUAACACUUCGUGAUCGUCUUGAAAUUGAACAACAAUAUUCUGUUGAACUUAUUAUAACUCCAACAUGUUAA